GAUUUUCAAAAGCAGUCGGUUCAUGGUUAUUGCGCCAAGCUGACGUGCUCUUGCGAAUGCGGCAGAAAAUUACCGGGUUGUAGUAAUAAAAGUGGUUUACUCUUUUAAAAAGGACUCAUAAAUAUUUGUGACCCAAACUGAAAAAAGAAAUAAAACGUGAAAGUGUUAAACAGACGAUGGUGAUUAGUUAAUCACAUUUGAAUAAGAUAUUAAAUGUAAUACAAUUCUUUGAUUGAAAGUGUGUAUGAAUAAAAUGUGUUUUUGAAGAUUAGCCAAAAAUACAGAAAUGUUGAAAAUAUUAGCGUUACAGGGACUGGUUUCGAAAAUGGAUAUAUAUGUAUAUGAAGGGUGGUAACUCUACCCGUAAAGCAGCCCCGGCGAACGUGAAUGUAAGGCAGAGUAGUAGAGAAGUCGAUCGUGAGCAGACGUGGGCGCCAACGAGAUUUAUUCGAAUAUCGCUAGUGCACAAUUCUUCACUGCUGCAGUUCAGCUCUAACCGAUAGAGGAAUUACACCACCCAGUAAUACAAGCAAUAAAAAUAGCUCCUUUACAUAUUCAAUCAACUCAACCUCACAACGAUCCAAUACAAAAAUUUGAUUGCAACACAUAAUAAAUGGGGGACAAUAUGUGGCACCCAUCUACUAUAAUUUCAGCUACGCUGGUGAUUGCUUGCAAUUUGUUAUUUAGCGCUGUUACGCCGGCGUAUGCGCCAACAGUGCGGUCGAAUUUGGAGAUUGUCAAGCAAUGGAAAUUAUUCUCUUUCGAUUUUCCACCACUGGCGCCAGUCUCCGAUACAAACUACUACAACCAGGUGAAUGUGGUGCCAACGAGUAUGACGGUCGCAUAUGAUCGCAUUUUCAUUGCCACACCCAAGCUGUUUUCUGGCGUGCCUGCAACGGUUAGCUACAUAUCGAAAUCGGACUACAGCGAGUCGCCAAGUUUGCAAGCCUAUCCCGACUGGUCAUAUACUGUUAGUGGCCGCAACAGUUUCAAUUGCAGCGAUCCAUAUUUGGUUUCAGUAUAUCGCAUGCGCAUAGACUCUUGCAAUCGUUUGUGGAUCUUAGAUGCCGCAGUUUCGCGUACUUUUGAAGACUCCGAACAAACGUGUCAACCGAAAAUUUUAGUGUUUGAUUUGAGCACAGAUCGAGUGGUCAAGCGUAUUGACAUUCCAAAAGAUGUAUUGCGUAACCAGUCGAUACUCGUAAAUUUAGUAAUUGAUGAAACAACUUCUACUUCAGGAACAUGUGAUGAUGUCUUUGUUUAUAUUGCAGAUACCGUGAAACCUGCCAUUAUUGUUUACGAUGGAGCUCGGGAUAUGGUUUGGCGUCUCUCACAUCCUGCUAUGUGGCCCGAUCCAGACUUGGGAUUGGUACAAGUACUAAACGACCGCUUUUUCAUAAUGGAUGGCAUUAUUGGGUUGGCUUUGGAUACAGUAAAUGGCAUACUCUAUUUCCAACCAUUGGCUACCGAUCGUAUCUUCUCAAUAACAAAAGAUGCGCUUCGUGCAGGUCCACGACGAUUCCAUGAUGUCCUACCAAUCCGCUUCCUGGGCAAAAAGUCUUCCCAGGGUCUACCACUCUACAUAUCGCCACAAGAUGGUAGUCUCCUAUUCAGUCCCGUCACUGAAACGGCAAUUGUAUCUUGGAAUCCGCAAACAAAUAAGCAGGCUGUUCUUUUCUACGAUGCAGAUGCACUACAAUUCGUUGCCGAUAUCAGCGAUUCGCCAUGGGAUAAUGGUGUGGUUUAUGCUAUGUCCUCAAAGUUCAAUCGCUUCACAUUAGAAACAGUUAACCGACAAGAGAUAAACUUCCGACUGAUGCGAUUUAAAUAUCCCAGUGCAAGUGCAGUGACGUCACAAACCCUCUUCAAACCAUCUGAUCCCAUUAGAAGUGAUCUUUAUACGAAUGGACAGCGUUUGAAUGCUUUGAAUGAUACAGUUUACACGCGUGGCGAUGAGCGAUCAGUACCAUCUCCUAGCGUAGUCUACAAUUUGGAACAAAAUGCAAAAGUUUAUCAACUGCAUGGCAUACGAAAUGGAGUACACACCUUCAUGGGAAAUAGUGUGCCAGCAGUGACUAAUGGUUUUCCGCUCGGACUUAGUUAUAGCUAUAGUUUGGAGCAUGGCGGCAACUAAGUGGCGCCUUUGCGAGUAUUAAACUUGGCGGCUAACAGGUUAUUGUUAGGAGCUCGUGAAGUGCAACCAAUUGAUGUAAAUAUGUGUAUAAUUAGAAGUCGUAUUUGGUAUUUUGUAAAUAUUUUUUUAUGGUUAUAUAUAGUUCAGAUUUUUUUACGCGAAUUUAUAUAAUUAGGCACAAAUUAAAAUGAAUUUAAUAAAAUUUUGAAAACAUUA